GAGAGGGACACAGUGUGGAGAGAGCGGACUCGGUGACACUCCAACUUCUCCAACAACGUCAUCAUCAUCUUACCAUCUUUAUUCUUCUAACGUUACUUCUACUACUACUGGAGUGGGCUCGAGCCCCACACUGUCCACUCCUUACACACACACACAUUUACACCCUUAUACACACCCUCACACACACACACAUACACACACACACACAUCAGUCUACCCUCGCAUGGCUGCAGGCUGCUGCUGCUGCCUCCUCUAGUCUCCGGGUAGAGAGUCAGACGGCGCGAGCUGUGGGAGAUAUGGACCGGCUUAGGGGCUCCGCAGCGCGUGCGACGGGGCUGCUGCUCGCGCUCCUCUGCGGGCUUCACGCCUCCACCGCGCAAACCGCCAAUCUAAUCGAUGUCCUGCACUCGCUGGAGCUGUCCGACCGCAUGGAGGGCGUGUCCAUGGAGGCGGGGUUUUGCACACAGAGGAAGGACACGGAAGGGUCGGACAUGUCCUUCAGGAUAGAGAAGAAGAUUCAGCUCAGCGCUCCAACCAGACAGCUCUUCCCAGAUCACUCUGCAUUUCCUGAGGACUUCUCUCUGAUGACCACGGUUCGAGCGAAGAAGAACACGCAGUUCUUCCUGCUGUCGAUGUACGACGAGCACGGCGUUCAGCAGCUGGGUCUGGAGCUGGGCAGAUCCCCUGUGUUCCUGUACGAAGACCACAAGGGCCAGCCCACGCCUGACCUCUACCCCAUCUUCAAGAAGAUCAAUCUGGCUGAUGGAAAGUGGCACAGGAUAGCUUACAGCGUGGAGGGGAAGUCAGUAACUCUGUAUCUGGACUGUAAGAAGGUCCAGACUCUGGAUCUGCAGCGUGGAGACGCUCCUGUGGUCAGCACGGACGGAGUCACUGUCUUCGGAACUCGACUGCUGGAUGAGGAAGUGUUCGAGGGGGAGAUCCAGCAGCUGCUGAUUGUGGAGGACCCCCAGGCUGCUGCUGAUUAUUGUCUGAAUUACAUCCCAGACUGUGAUUCUGCUCUUCCGUACAGCACCCAGAGCUUUGACCCCGAGGAGGCCACACCCCCUAAGCAUGAUGACACCAUGCAAGGCGAUGAACCGGAGGAGCCGAAGAAGCGCUCCAAAAAAGACAGGAACGGCAAAAAGAACAAAAAGAAGAAGGACAGAGGUAAGAAGGGGGACAAGAAGGGGGACAAGAAGGAGUCCCGGAAGAAGAGAAAAGAAAUGGAACCACUUGAGGAGGGCUUUCUGGAGGUGUCCACCAACAUGCCUGAAUAUCUGACACUAUACCAUAACAACCGUGGGGCUCAGUCAACUAUACAGCCAACAGAACAGCCAACAACCCCUGCAGGAUCAACAGCUAUCACCAUCGAGCAGAUGGACCUAAUCCCAGAGAUGCCCACUCACGAGCCCGACUCAAAUAACGAGGACCCCUCCAUGCUGCCAGAGGAAGCCACUGUAGCAUUCACUUCAUUACCCCAGUCUACACAGACUGAGGUGGAGGAGGAAAUGCCUGUGAACCAGCCGGAGGUGGAGGAGUACUCUCAGAGCAUUUAUGGUGAAACAUAUGAUGACCUCUCCGUCUCCACCGUGACUGUGGGCGCCAAUAUCAGCGAUUAUGAGCUCAUCGAAUACGACGACUUUAAGAACAGCACAGAGAGCUCAGAGCUGGAGUAUGAAGAGUACGAGGUUGAUGAGGAUCGUUUUGGCCCAGCUGUAAGAGAAGGAGCAGAUACCUGGAAAGGACAGGAAAAUCAUGGCUUUGAAAAAGGUGAAAAAGGAGAACAAGCCAUCCUUGAACCGGGUGCAGCAUUUUAUGGACCUCCCGGGCCUCCUGGACCAGCUGGCCUUCCUGGUAUUCCUGGAAUUACUGGACCCCCUGGGCCAAUGGGAGACCCAGGAGACAGGGGUCCUGAGGGACGUCAAGGUCUUGCAGGAGCUGAUGGGAUACCAGGUCCUCCAGGCACCCUGCUGAUGUUACCAUUUCAGUAUGGAGGCGACUCUCAGAAAGGCCCUGUAGUGUCUGCCCAAGAAGCACAGGCCCAAGCCAUCCUCCAGCAAUCCAUACUCUCGCUGAAGGGACCCCCAGGACCUUUAGGACUCUCAGGCAGACCAGGACCAGUGGGUUUGCCGGGUCCCAGUGGCCUUAAAGGAAACAGUGGGGAUCCUGGACCUACUGGGCCGCGUGGGUUGCCAGGCCCUCCAGGUCUAAUCGGGAAAGCAGGCAAGAGGGGUCGAUCAGGGUCAGAUGGAGGACGAGGAGCUCCAGGAGAGGCGGGAGCAAAGGGUGACAGAGGCUUUGAUGGACUACCAGGGCUUCCAGGGAACAAAGGACACCGAGGCGAAAGAGGAAAACCAGGACUGCACGGUCCGGUUGGAGAGCCUGGUGAAAAGGGUACAGAUGGACCUGUCGGACCAAGAGGACAACCAGGAGAACCUGGGACCAGGGGUCUCGUGGGGCCGAGAGGACCGGCCGGACCACCCGGACAGCCUGGCAUUCAAGGUGUGGAUGGAUCUCAAGGACCUAAAGGCAACCUGGGACCACAAGGAGAGCCCGGACCUCCAGGACAGCAGGGAAAUCCAGGCAUACAGGGCUUCCCCGGUCCUCAGGGUCCCAUCGGCCUGCCUGGAGAAAAGGGUCCUCAGGGAAAGAGCGGAAUGCAGGGGCUUCCUGGAAUCGAUGGUCCUCCAGGUCAUCCGGGACGAGAGGGACCCGCAGGAGAGAAGGGGCUUCAGGGAUUAUCCGGAGCACAGGGACCAGUUGGAUACCCAGGACCCCGCGGAGUGAAGGGCGCUGAUGGGGUGAGGGGCUUGAAAGGAAGCAAAGGAGAGAAGGGUGAAGACGGCUUCCCGGGGGCCAAAGGGGACAUGGGAGCUGAAGGAGACAGAGGUGAUGGUGGACCUCAUGGACCACGUGGUGAGGAUGGACCAGAGGGACCAAAGGGUCAGUCUGGACCAAUUGGAGAGGCUGGACCUCUCGGAAUCGCUGGAGAAAAAGGUAAACUCGGCGUUCCUGGAUUACCUGGCUAUCCAGGAAGGCAAGGCUCUAAGGGAUCAGUUGGCUUUCUCGGAGCGGCGGGAGUGCCAGGAGAGAAAGGGAAGAGGGGUCCCGCUGGUCAACCUGGAGAUGCAGGAGAAAGGGGUCCAAAUGGGUCACGCGGAGGCCGUGGUGCCAGAGGAGCUACGGGGGCACCUGGGGGCAAGGGCUCCGCCGGCCACGACGGCCCCCCCGGCCCAUCGGGAGACAGGGGCCCCCAAGGACCACAGGGACGCAAUGGAGAGCCAGGACACAAGGGACCAACAGGCCCCCCAGGAAAGGAUGGAUUGCCGGGUCAUCCAGGCCAGCGUGGGGAGCCAGGAUUCCAAGGAAAAACAGGAGCCCCGGGCCCCGCUGGAGUGGUCGGACCACAGGGCAAAACUGGAGAAACUGGACCAACAGGAGACAGAGGCCACCCUGGAUCACCUGGGCCUCCUGGAGAGCAAGGUUUGCCUGGAUCUGCAGGCAAAGAAGGGGGCAAGGGCGAUCCGGGCCCUAUAGGGACCGUGGGGAAGAGCGGCCCGGCCGGGCGCCGCGGAUUCAGAGGAAACCGAGGGAUGCCGGGCGCCAUGGGUGCUGCCGGACUAAAAGGUGAAGAAGGACCUUCUGGAGCUGCGGGAGCAAUCGGCGCCACUGGAGAGCGAGGUCCUCCUGGAGCGGCUGGAGGGAUUGGUCAGCCCGGCCGUGCAGGAGCUACAGGACCUGCGGGACCCGCCGGAGAAAAGGGAGAGCCGGGAGAGAAAGGACCUAUAGGAUCAGCUGGGAAAGACGGAGAGCAGGGGCCCGUGGGUUUACCUGGUGCUGCCGGACCACUUGGACCACCUGGAGAGGAUGGGGAUAAGGGAGAGACUGGAGGUCCAGGACAGAAAGGAAGCAAAGGAGACAAGGGUGAAUCUGGGCCUCCAGGACCACCAGGAAGUCAAGGGCCUAUUGGACAUCCUGGCUUACCAGGAGGCGAUGGUGAGCCGGGGCCGCGGGGGCAGCAGGGGAUGUACGGGCAGAAAGGUGAUGAAGGACCUCGAGGAUUUGUCGGGACCACAGGGCCAACUGGCCUUCAGGGCAUGCCAGGACCCCCGGGGGAGAAGGGAGAGAGCGGACAUGUUGGAGCGCUGGGUCCCCCUGGACAGCAUGGUCCCCGUGGCCCUCAAGGAUCCAUUGGUGGAGAGGGUGCCCAAGGACCGCCUGGGGGUGUCGGCCAGCCCGGUGUAGUAGGAGAAAAGGGUGAAGAUGGAGAAGGAGGUAAUCCAGGAAACGUUGGUGAACACGGGCCUGCUGGGGGUAAAGGAGAUGUUGGGGAAAAGGGAGACACCGGACCUCCUGGAGCUGCUGGACCCCCAGGAGUUCGAGGUCCACCAGGAGAAGACGGACCUAAAGGACACCCUGGCCCUCUUGGAUUCCCUGGAGAUUCAGGACCCCCCGGAGAGCCUGGCGCAAACGGUAUUGAUGGUGGACCGGGACCUAAGGGAGAUAAUGGAGAGGCUGGGAAAGCUGGACCACCAGGAGCUUCUGGUGAACCUGGUCCUCCAGGGCCACCAGGACGGAGGGGACAUUUGGGUACUUCAGGAAAAGAAGGGAAACAGGGGAAGAAGGGAUCUAAGGGAUCUCCUGGAGCAGAGGGUCUUCCUGGAAAGACAGGGCCUGUGGGACCCCAGGGCCAGCCUGGAAAUCCCGGUCCGGAGGGUCUGCGCGGCAUCCCAGGCCCUGCAGGAGAACAGGGCUUAAACGGACCUCCCGGACAGACCGGACCGCCUGGGCCGAUGGGACCGGCUGGACUGCCAGGACUGAAAGGAGAUCCAGGGCAGAAGGGAGAGAAGGGUCACGGAGGACUGAUUGGACUCAUCGGCCCACCGGGGGACAUGGGGGAAAAGGGGGACAGAGGCUUUCCUGGAAAUCAGGGAAUACUUGGUACCAAAGGAGAUGGGGGUACUGGUGGACCUCCUGGCCCCACUGGCCCUCCUGGACCUCCUGGACUUUCUGGAGCGAUGGGGGAAAAGGGAUCUAAGGGAGAGCAGGGACUGGUCGGCCCCAGAGGAGAUACAGGACCUGCCGGACCACCCGGACCUCCUGGCCCUCCAGCCACCAUGAUCGACCCGCUGCCCAUUCGGGAAGGCCGCAGGAAGCGCAGGAGGCACUCGGGCCGAGGCAGAGGAGGAGGCAGAACCGCAGCUGUGGAGGAGAUGGAGGAGGAGCAGGAGCAGGAAGAGGAGGCGCAGCUCAGCAUGGAGGACUUCCUGCAGGCGGACGCACCGCUGGAGGACGCCGAGGGCAUGGAGGAGGUGUUCGCCUCCCUCAACUCCAUGAAGAUGGAGGUGGAGCUGAUGAGGAAGCCGCUGGGCACCUUCGAGAGUCCGGCACGCACCUGCAAAGAACUGAUGAUGGGCCAUCCUGACUAUAAAGAUGGUGAAUAUUGGAUUGACCCAAACCAGGGCUGCAAUAAGGACUCCAUCAAGGUGUUCUGCAACUUCACCGCAGAGGGGGAGACCUGCCUCCACCCUGAUAAACGAAUAGAAUCAGUGAAGCCAGCGUCCUGGAACAAAGAGAAACCAGGAGGAUGGUACAGCCACUACAGGAGAGGCAAACAGUUCUCCUACAUCGAUGCAGAUGGUCUCCCGGUCCCGGUGGUCCAGUUGACCUUCCUGAAGCUUCUGAGCGCCACGGGCAGACAGACGUUCACCUACACCUGCCAGAACUCCGCCGGGUGGUACGACGCCACCAGCCGCAGCUACCAGCACGCCCUGCGCUUCCGCGCCGCCAAUGACGAGGAAAUGACUCACGACAAAAAUCCCUUCAUCAUGCCGCUGAGCGACGGCUGCCAGAUGCGUAAAGGUCAGGAGCAGACCGUGCUGGAGAUCAACUCCCCCCGAUCAGAGCUGCUCCCCGUCAUAGACGUUUCUGCUUCAGACUUUGGGAACACCAACCAGAAGUUCGGCUUUCAGAUCGGACCCGUGUGUUUUAACGGCUAAGCGGAACCGUGCGACUCCACCAAAGAAAGGAUUCACCAAAGAAAGAGUCGGGACCGUAUUUAUUAUAUAUGUAGUGCAUAUGUUGUGGACUUGGGACACCAUUUUUUUAUUUUUUAGUGCUCACGGGAGAACGAGCACCAGGAGCAUCCGGGAGGUUCUCCUCAGGGAGAAGAGAAGACGCGUGCACAUUUAUCAAAGGGAAGUCGUCCAUGUAGACGUUUAAUUUGAUUUUUUUUUCUUUUCUUCUCAUUCCCCUUCCUCUCUGCUCACCUGUGGCGUGAAUUAUGUGGCGUGACUGGCAAGAAUUAAUAGGCCUUCUCCACUUGAAACUGACGUUGAAAGGCAGACGCAUCAUCCUCCAUUCAGGUCCUGCCCGUCAGCCGCGGCGCGGACGCCACUUAGCCCACUGGAUUGUCUGUGGCGUGGAUUGCUUGCUUGUUUGUUUGUUUUUUUAUGUGCUUGUAAUGUGAUUUUAAAUUAAUUCGCCACUCGAGGGAUCAGCCUCAGUGCUGAAGAGUAAAUAUUUAAUUUUUUUUUUUUUAUUAUUAUUUGAUUUAUUUUGUCGUUUUUUUUUUUUUUUUCCCAACUCUCCUCGACUGCAGCGCGACACAGACGGAAGCUACAGAUGUUUUACCUCAAAACUGUUCUGACAAGGAAGCGUCGACCGGAUCCGGUUAAUUGUUCUCUUGGACGCUUUCUGUCGCACGUCAGCCUUCGAGUGUUCCUCACCUUUAAUCAGCUCGUCCUCAUGAAUAACUGAAUAAGUGUCAGACGCUGCCGGAGCUUCUUCUUCUCCAGCUGCUCACCGGGAGGCGCAGGUCUGAGCGCAGGACGAGGCGCCGCGUCCGAACCGGAGAAAAAAGCAGCGCAUUAAUAUGGAACGUGGCCUCCCCACUUAGGCUGUUUGUGUCAUUUGAACAGUCUGGGUCGUGUUUCGAUGGGCUGUGUUUCCAUGGUUUCGUUUCGCUCAGUGAAGUGAAAUGACUGAGUGGGAUUCAUUUAGAGCUGCACGAUAAAGAUGGAUCAAAUAUCAGACAGAUAUCGUGAUCAAAUCGUUAGAUUGGUGCUAUUAAAAAAAAAAAAAAAAAAAAACUCUUACACAAU